CAGCGACAACACCGGUUCCCGCCAUGUCCAUUCUCCACGUAUCGCGGCCAUAGCCAGUCAUGGCGCCGGUAGUGCUUUUGAACAAUGGCAGAAGCAGCUUCCCCGUCGCAAUUGACGACCCGCCCGCCGCCGCAGCAUGGCCCUUAUAUCCUCCGCAAGCUUGUAUCCGACCUGCCGCUGUCCGCUGACGGCUCCUCCGCCCAUGUGCGCAUAACAUGUGUCGAAGUAUCGAACGGCAACCUCUAUGUUGGUACUUCGGCCGCCGAAAUCCUCCACUUCGUCCUACUACCCCCCGAGCCCAAUGACCCCUCUGAAGAGCCUACAGCCAUAAUCGCCUCAAGACUCAACCCUCCGCAUAGCGACAGCACGGGACCCGGUGUGCAGCAGAUCUUACUGCUGCCCAAAAUCAACAAAGCAUGCGUUCUAUGCAACAACACCCUCUCAAUCUACUCGCUUCCUGAGCUGAGCCCCGACUCCUCCUUCAAGCCAAUAUCAUGCCUAUGGGUUGGCGGAGUGGACCUGAAUGAAGAAGAGGACGGCUCCGCUGGAGAUGGCGUAGUGGUCGUCAUCGGAUUGAAGAAGAGGCUGCGACUCGUUCAGAUAUCCGAAAACUCUCCGCCUCGAGCCCUCAAAGCGAUCGAGUAUGGCGGCUGUCUGGUAUCUGUUCGACGAGACACAUUCUCAUGUGCCGCUGAUGCGCACUCUUAUGCGCUGCUGGACGUCGUGCACCAGCAGAAGAUUGGUCUGUUUCCGAUAUCGUCAUUGGAUCCAGACGUCGGUGACGUGGGUGGAGCUGCUGAGACCCUCGCAAGCGUAUCACAACCGCCUUCAAGAAGCGCUUCUUCGGCAAGUAUGCUGCCCCGAGGUCAAGAUGAACAGCGUGGUCAUAGUCGGAGCACAAGCUUGAAUGUUCUGGGCUUCGGGGGUCCCCCGUCUAGGACAUCUAGUCCUGCACAAAGAUAUGGAUUCGACGUACCUGAAUCACUUUCGAGAGAUAUGUCACCCGCGCCAGCACGAUCUCCUGCUCGACCACUCAAGCGCGGAGAGCUGCCGGAGAGAGCAUCUAGCCACACUCGAAGCGGCGCCGCCUCGCCGGACAAGCCUUUGCCGCCGCAUCCAGAGGAUGCCACACCUCAGGUCGAAGAACCUCCACCGUCACAACCACCACCGUUUGUUCCCCUUAGACCACAUAUUGCGUCACCGACUCCCAACGAAUUCUUACUCACUGUCGGAACUACACCCUCUGAGCCAGGUGUUGGUAUGUUUGUAAAUCUAGACGGCGACAUGUGCAGAGGGAGCAUCCAAUUCAGCAGUUACCCAGAUGUCAUAGUUGUGGAUGGUUCAGGCAUAGACUUAUCAGCAUCGAUGGGCCCAGACAUGGACGCCGAUGAAGGCUAUGUCCUAGCUGUUGUUCAUCGAGAAGACGGUGAGGAGACUUCGUAUGGUGUUGAGAUUCAGCGAUGGGACGUGGACCCUGGAGACGGCGAAACCGAGAAAGAGUGGCUAAAUCUCACCUCGCUAGGCGUUACAACACGAGACGACGGCACUCACAUAUCAGCACCCUUGGGUAUGCGCACUGUUGUGCAACCCUACGAACUCGUUCUACCUGAGAUCGGGUCGAAACUAUCAAUACAGCGGUUACAGCUUGCUCCGUCAGCAGAUGCAGCACAGGAGGCCACCCAAACGCUAACCUCUCAAGCGAGGGCGGACCGCGAAUUCACUGAGCGCCUAUCUAAGCUACAGGCACAGACCGUCAUCUGGGCUGGGGAUCAAAUUUGGUGGACCGUCCGAAACCCGUUGGUGACUCGCUUAGAUUCCCGUAUCGAAGAAGCACAGUACACUCGAACUGGAGGCGGAACGCGGAUUCAGCCUAAUCGGAGUCUCUUGGAGAGAAUCCUUGGAGAUAUACGCGGACAAGAGCCACGUAACGAAUCGGAAUACCUCAGUCUUAUUUACAUUCGUCAAAAGGCGUCGCUAUUGCUCUUCAUGGACGUGAUUCUACGCACCAAGACCAACAUCAUCAUCUUUGAGAACGAAAAGCGCAUUACAGAGCAAGCCCUCGUUGAGGGCGAAAUGGACCCACGAGUUGUGCUGAGUCUACUACCGACCUUGAAUCAGGAGGUGGUGCAAGGGCCAGAGGGAAUCCAAAUAUCAGGUGGCAUUACGACACUUGUCGAACAAUUCUUGCAGCAGAAUGAUCUCUCGGCCAUGCCCACCAACGUUAAUGGACCAUUCGGCGACAAUCUGCUUCGUUUCGUGAAGAGAUAUCUUCAGUUCUGGAAGCGGAAGAAGGGUAUGGCAAGUGUAACAAAUGAUCCGUAUGUUUUCCGCACAGUCGACGCUGCCCUGCUACACAUUCUACUGCUUUUGGACCAAAAUAGUCCCAAGGGAGCCUCGAGUCCAGGAACCCACCGAACGGAACUCAAUGAAUUAGUGGACAAAGAAGUAGAAUGCUUUGAACGCGCCGUUGAGUUGCUGGAAAAGUUCAAGCGGCUAUUCUUGCUUAGCCGCUUAUAUCAAAGUAAUUGCAAAGCGUCAGUGAAAGCAGCCAAGGUGCUUGCGACCUGGAGACGAAUUGUGGAGGGCGAAGAAGACAGAGGCGGUGAGCUCGUGGAUGGGGAGCAGAGAGUGCGAGAAUAUCUGGCAAGAAUCCGAGAUCCUUCGCUCGUUGAAGAGUACGGUGCGUGGUUAGCGAAUCGCAAUCCUAAACUGGGCGUUCAGAUCUUUGCGGACGAUCAGAGUAGAGUCAAGUUCGAGCCUACACGAGCUGUUGCUUUACUUAGGGAGAAAGCUCCGGGUGCGGUCAAAGAGUACUUGGAAUAUCUCGUCUUUGGCAAGAAGCACACGCAAUAUGUCAAUGAGCUUAUUGCAUAUUACCUCGAUACCGUCAUCACCGAACUCGAAAAUCACCCCGAAUCGCGAGAUACGCUCUCACAGACUUAUGAAACAUACCGCAUCCUCCAGCCCCCUAAACCCACAUACCACUCCUUCAUCACCGACAACGCCGUCCCAGCUGAGUGGUGGCAAGCCCGACUUCGCCUACUACAACUUCUUGGAGAUAACCGGCCCGCUACAUCAUCCUACGAUGUUAGAGCGAUUUUGGAAAGGCUCCAGCCGUAUGAGCAGGAGUUGGUGCCUGAGAUGAUCAUCCUGAACGGGAGGCAGGAGAGACAUCAAGAGGCGUUGAAGUUACUCACACAUGGCCUUGGUGACUUCAACACAGCGAUCUCAUACUGUCUAUAUGGCUACAGCUCCAUCUUCCGCCCCAUAACUACGGGCAAUCUUCCCGUCCCGCAGUCCGAACACCCUAGUCACGAGGAGCAGUCACGCCUCCUCAACUACCUUUUGCAGGAAUUCCUACACAUUGACGACCUGUCACAGCGUGUUGAGCGGACGGGCGAACUUCUGGAGCGAUUUGGAGGGUGGUUCGAAAUUGCGGACGUACUCAGUACGCUUCCAGAUGGGUGGAGCGUAGACGUUUUCUCGGGAUACUUGAUCAAUAGCCUGAGGAGGUUGGUGCGGGAGAAGGCGGAGAGCAGCAUUGUGAGAGCGCUUAGUGAUGCGCAGAAUAGUCAAAUGAGUAAUGAGUUGGUAGAAAAGAAGGAGGGGCUAGGGCCGAGUUUCGAGAGAGUGGCAUGAGGAAUCAGAUAGAUGGAAUCAUGGCGCGAGAAGGAGCACAUGGUAUAUGAUGUACAUAAUGCAAUAAUUCACAAUCGACAGGCCUAUCCCGUAAUGCGUUCCUGACAAUAUAAGGGAGAUAACGACUUCAC